GACCCUGUUGUUGUCGCAUUGCGUCACGGUACAUCUUGCCCAGCCAACACCUUUGGCCCUCGCCCUUCUCCCCCACCACUCUCACGCCAACUGAGUUGCUCGGGCGCUUGACCGGCCUGCUAGUGUCUCACUGCCCGACUUCCUCGCGCAAUAUAUACCCUUUCAGCCCGCCGCUCGCGCCUGCCUGUUUCCUGCCACUGCAACCCCGCCUUCUUUUGGCCCAACCUUGUCGCUCCCCUUGCACCACCCUCGUCUUCAUCACACAUUCCACCCUGACACCUAUUCUUCCUAUCCGGCAACGCACACGCCUUAGUGUCCCCCAGCCACCUCUGGACCGCGUGCAAGCCUGAAAAAAUGUCCGACUACGACUACGACGUGCCGCGCCGCUCGCGCCGCACCAGGGCGCCAGAGUACGUUGAAGAAACCACAUACGUCCAGCGCGGAUCUGCUCCUCAACGUGAUCUCGUCUACCGCCCACGCGAAGAGAGCAUCGAGGACAUCCCGCGGGACUUUCCUCCGCCAGGCGCUGAGUACCGCAGAACCCGAGUACGCGAGAACUACGACCCACCUCGUCGUGCCCGCUCCGUCGGCCGCCGUGACUAUGACGACUAUUCCGAGUACAGCUACGCGCCCCGCGGCAGACAAUACCGCGACGACUCCUACUACUCGGACGACUAUGGCAAGCCGCCUCGUCGCGAGCGCCGCAAGUCCAAGGUUGGCGAGUUCAUCGAAGACGCCGGCCUGGGCGGCAUCGUAGGCGCCGUGCUCGGCAAAUCACGGAGCAAGAGCAGAGACCGCGGCCGCGACAAAUAUGAUGACCGAUACGACGACAGGUCCGACCGCUAUGAUCGCCGCGAUUCCUACUAUGACUCACGGAGCCGAAGCCGAAGCCGCCACGGCAGGUCCGAACGCAAGUGGCAGCAAGCAGCCCAGGCCGCCCUCGUCGCCGGUGCUGUCGAGGCCUUCCGUAGCCGCAAAGACCCCGGUCCAUGGACGGGCGAAAAGGGCACUCGCAUCGCGACCGCAGCUCUUGGUGCCGCUGGUAUCGAUGGACUUGUCGACCGCAACCCGGAAAAGAAGAGCAAGCGCCACACGGCCGAAGCCGUCAUCGGUGGUCUCGUCGCCAACCGACUCGCGAACGGUCCAAGAGACCGCAGCGGCUCUCGGGGCCGUUCUCGCUCGCGCUCUCGUUCACGUGCCCGCUCGCUCUUCGGCCGCAGUCGUUCCCGUGGCCGCUCCUCAAGCCGCGGCGGCGGAGGCGGCGGAGACCUUAGCUCCCUGAAGAACCUCGCUGGUGCAGGUGCCGUCGCCGCUGCCGGCAAAGCCCUCUACGAACGCGUGCGAUCCAAAUCCCGUCGUCGCCGAUCUCCUAGCAGCUCGAGCGCCGACAGCUUCGUUCCGUCACGCGGACGUCGAUACGGAGGGGGUCGCUCACGGGGCGCCCCUUCGGAUGGUGGAUACUCAGCAGCAGGCCCAGGCGUAGCCGCAGGUGCGGGGGCGGCCCGACGUGGCAGCAGCGUGUCGUCGGAGUCGACGACGGACAUGGAGAACCAGCGGCGGAAGAUGCGAGGGUCCAUGUCGCCAGAAGAGGCGCGCAAGCGCAAGAGCAAGAACAUGCUGCAAGACGCGGCGGCGGUGGGCAUCGCGGCGCUGGGGAUCAAGAGCGCGUUCAGCGAGUGGAAGGAGAUGAACGAGCAGCGGCACACGGUGCACGAGCUGGAGACGCGGCGGCGCAAGAAGCGCAAGGAGCGCGAGCGCCGUGCCCGCGAGCAGCCUGGUCGCGGCUUGCCCCCUGUCGCUGCUGCUGUGCCUGUGGCUUAUCCGCCGUAUGGUGGUGCUUCUACCUACGCCGAUGCUAAUCCCUACUCGGCAGGCAACUUGCCGCCUCCGCCCAUGGGCGCGCCCUCGGGACGGUAUGUCUAGUACGUCGAGCGAACGAGCUGAGGAGACGAGCGGACGAGCGGAUGCGCUGCCCAUGGCGGCGUGCCGUGCCGUGAAGUUGGUUGGCUUGAAGGGGUUGAUGAGCGAGUGAGUGAGUGGCGGACGGCGAUGGCGAUGGCGGAAGGAAGGAAAGGGGGCGGCACGGCAAGGAGUACCAGCCAGGACUUCUUCCAUGGCUGAUUGAUUGACUGAUUGCUUCGGCUUUUCUUUGCUUUGCUUUUCUUUGCGUUGGCUUUACAUUGACUUCCAUCAUGAACUGAAACGAACGG